AGUAUGUAUAUGUAUAUUUCUCAGCUACGGUGGCAAGCGAACAGCCAGCCAGGCGAGAGUUCUCCUGUCCUUUGUUCUAGUCAUUUUUCUGUUCAAGUUCGGUGUGAGCAGCACACACACACACAUAAUAUAUAUAUAUAUGGUGUGUGGCGCGCGCGCGCGUGUGUGUGUGUAUUAUAUAGAAAGAGAGAAAGAGAGGGAGAGAGAGAAAGAGAGACAUGUAAUGACAAAAAGAGCUAUCAAGAUAAUCGAGAAACAGUCUCUUCAGAGGUUGAGGUUUCGCGCGUUUCCGUUUUCACCGCUUCCCAAAUAAGCAAUCGUAAUCACGUUUAGCGCAUCCUUGACUACUGUGCAGUGUGUCGAUUUCGUGUGUCGAUUUCCUCUCCCAGGAAAACUUUUGACUCGCAUUUUCUUUCUCUUCUUUUUUCCUUCUUUCGCGGCAAAGCAAGAAAGAGAAACAGUUGCUUCGUUUCAUUCAGUGUGCUCCGCUCCAAUUGAUCGAUAGUACAUACAGACUCGGAUAAUUAGGUCGCGCGCGACUAAUCGCAACUCGGAUAACGCGGAAUCGCAUCUAGAAGAAAAGAGGAAGAGCAGGACAAAACAAAAUUGGAGAUGGAGGAGGCAAAGAAGAAUCCUUAGGUGUAUGCGAUUUAUUUGUAUGCCUUGGGCCACGUCUACACACCUAUAUGAUGAAAUUGCAGUUGCUUGUUAUUGAGACGGACUACUGCUGGAGGAAAGCAUUGCUUAGUUACAUUAUGCGUUAUCCAAUCAUCACUCGAAGAAAGGAUCAGAUCGUAUAUCAUGGUCGCGUUUGUAUUUCCAGCCAGAGUAUUUGCGAGCAGCAUUAACGACAUUAAUGAUGUAUCCCAUCUGCUUUGAAUAAAACAAUACUUUUAUCGUUAAUUCUGUAUCAUUUUUCAUUGCUUUCAUUUCAUUUUAGAUCUCAUACUCUCGUAUUUCAUAAGAGCGUCCUUCAUUAAAAAUAUCUUUCACUAAUAUCUGUGAUGUCGACAAUAAUUUAGUGGCGUGAAAUCAUCAACAACUAAUAUAUUAUUUAUUCUUUUUUAUUAUCAUUCGUUAAAAAAAGUAAAGCAAACGAUUCGUUUCACUGAUAUCAGUACCCCGCAUAAAACGUCGGAUUGAAAAGAAUUAAAAAAUAUUGAUUUUUUGCAAAAAGCAGAUUUUAGAAGAUAUUUAAUUGAAUAUUCUGAGUUCUGAAUUGAAUUCUAUUCUUUGCAUUUAAUCACAAUAAGAGGCAUUCAAAUGAAUGCAAACGUCGCAUUAAAAAAGAUUUACUUAGCUGCUAAUUGCUAUCGGAUUCAAAGGUAAAUAAGAUUUUAUAGUUCUAUUCUCAAUAUCACACUGAAAAGUAUUGGCCACGAUCCAAUCCGAGAUUUUUGCAAAGCAGAAUUCACGAUAAAAUCUCGCGAAUGCGAAACACUAUUUUUGAAUAAGACAUUUUAUACAGGAUAUACUGAUAUCAAUCAACCGGUAUACCGUUUUGAUAAACGUCGACUAAUUCUAAUUUUCUGCAUAAACAAGUCAGCUUGAAACCUAUACAAGCGACAUAGAUAAACUCUCAUACUGUAGUCGAGUCAGUCGAUUAGCUAUUUUUUUAUGUUUAUCAUAUGCAUAAUAUGGACACUGACAAACGAAUUUAUGGUCAGACUUUGUAAAUGAUCAAUAUCACCGACGAGAUACUAUUAUACUAUUAUAUUAUACAAUAGUAUCUUGUCAGUGUCAAUAUAAAACGACUGAAGGGUUUUCAAAUUUCGGCGGGUAGAUGAUGAUCGAUAUCUCGCAGCCCGUUCGUCGUUCGCUUGUCGCUCGCAUCGCCAGCGCACCCAGCGCCACACGGCCACUGACGGCGACUAGCAGCGACUUUGCGAGAUGAGUCGUUCAUAUAAACGCGCGCGCAUAUGAGUCGUGUACUUUAACCUCGCGGACGAACGUUCGAAUUUUCACUUUGCGGUUCUUCGAUGUGGUCGAUACUGAUCGACUAUCGGUUUCUGAUCCAUCUCUGGACAGAUUUCUUUGAUCUCCGAUCUUCGAUAAUUGCCUUGCGGUUGUACGUACGAAAUGGAGCGAGAAAGCGAGAAGAAACGAUUCGGACGACGCCAUCUUCGCUCGUCCUUUUUUUCAAUGAAACGUCACGUCUGGUCGGAGCGCGCAAACCACGACCGAAGACCGAAACCGAGGAGGCGAGAGUUGUUCGCGUAGUCACUAGUCAGUGUAUAUGUGACGGCGGGGGGCAAACGUCACGGAAAGGACCGUACGAUUUGGGAGUGGGCAUUACGGAUCGCCACCGGUGGCGUCGUCCAGUCGAACAAUACGAAGUUAUAUACUUAAUUCGUGCGCGCCCCAUCGUAUGUGAUUAAAGUGGCUAAAUGUAUUUGCAUCCAAGAUCUAGCCCCGAGAAUCCGUCGCCGUCGAGAGACGGGCUCGAAGAGGAGUCGUUUGUCGUCCAGUGCCCAUGUAAAAUCACUCACUAGACUGCUUUCUCCCCCGCUCCUCCGUGAUAUAUAGUUGGUUAGUUUCGUUCGUGUGUCGUUUUAUUAGUGUUGUGUGGCCCUCUUGUUUCACACGUAUCACACACACACACACACACACAAACACACACACACACACACACACACACACACACUCUCUCUCUCUCUCUCUCUCUCUCUCUCUCUCUCUUUCUCGCUUUCUCUCCUCCCCUCCCCUUUUCUCAUUUUCCUUUAGUCUCUUCACUGACCACGCUCCCUUCUCUUUCUGGGCUCUCUCUACUUCCUCCAUCCCUCCUUUUAAGAAAGCGAUUGUAUUCGGAUGCAUAUUUUGUUGGUUAUGUUUCCUGUUACGUCGCUUUGUACGUAGUCAUAACACACAGCCGUAUGUACACGCGUAUUUACGCAUCUGCACAUCUGGCUGCGAGAAAAAAAGAGAGUGAUAGAGAUAGAGAGAAAGAGAGAGAGAGAAGCAAAGAAGAAACUGUUCUGUAAAUGACAUAGUAGUGUGUGUACGUAUAAAGUAAAAUGCAUAAAUUAAGACUACCUGUCAAGGUCGAAUUGCCCAGUGCUUUAACAAGGAUGGUAUUGGAUCCCAAGGCCACUAGCUUGCACAACGAUUACGGAAGUUUCGAUCGACCGUUGGGCGCCGGGGAGGACCACGAGAGAGACGUCGAGGCGGCCGUUGAUGGAAGCAGCAGUGGGAUGGCGCAGUCCAGCGAUGUUUAUCAACGGCAACCGCUAUUGCCUGGCGCGCCGCUGUCCAAGAGCAAGGACAAGUGGUCCGGAGUGGCCUCGGGCUCAGACUACUACGAGGAUGACGAGGAUGAGAAGGAUAUCGAAAGCCUGGGAAGACACCCCGGGAUACCGAACGGCUCCGGUAGCGGCAUCGUCAAGAUCGACAUACCGGCGCCGCUUCGCGAGGAGCCACGUUUCCCCAAGGAAAAAUGGAAAACUUUUCUCGCGUUUCUAUUUAUGGUCGUAAACUUCAUACUGACGACGGCUUCCCUUGCGAUGGUACACGAGCGCGUUCCAGAUAGAAACACGUACGGAUCGCUUCCCGACGUGAUACUGGACAAUGUCACCGCUCAAGAUUGGGCGCUUAAUGUUUCGGAAAUCCUAAUUAUGAUCAUGUCCAAUUCCGCGAUGGUUUUUAUUAUUUUUCAUAAACAUAGAUUCAUAGUAGCUAGACGAAUAUUUCUGCUUAUGGGCUUGCUCUACAUGAUGAGGAGUAUCACGAUGUACGUGACAGUGUUACCGAUCGCUAGUAAAACUUACUAUUGCAGCCCAAAGGCGAAUAAUACCAGUCCGCUUCUCGUAACGAAGAGGGUCCUCCAGCUCAUCUCCGGCUUUGGUUUAUCCAUUAAUGGCAAACAUACUUAUUGCGGAGAUUACAUUUACAGUGGGCAUACGGUUGUGCUUGUACUCAGUUACCUGAUCAUUAAGGAAUAUUCUCCGAGGAGAUGUCAACCGAUCCAUUGGUUAGCUGGCCUGGCGGUACUCGUCGGGGUAAUUAUGGUGUUGGUAGCUCAUGGUCACUAUACAGUGGAUGUACUUAUAGCUUACUAUGUUACUACGCGCUUGUGGUAUAUUUAUCACACGCUAGCCAACAACCCAAAUCUCAAGCAAUUCGGACCAAACAACUUUUUGGCCCGGCUCUGGUGGUUUUCCAUUUUCAAAUAUUUUGAGAAGAAUGUAGGCGGCACAGUGCCACGACAAUAUGACUGGCCUCUACCCUGGCCUCGACGAUUUCUUGCCAAGCAUCCUAAUCGAGAUAGUUAAUACUUGUUUUGAUUUCAUGAUAGAGACUGUUAAAAAAUAAAGAAAUUACUUUUAUUGUAAA